AUGUCUGACUAUGGUGAUGAUGGAGGCUACGGUCAGGACGAACCCGAUGACACCUUCUACGAGCCCGAGGAGAAUGUUGAAGACUUUGCUCCUGACGUAGAUGUCGACGAGGAAGCAGUCGAGGCGCAAGCCGCUGCCGAGCAUGAUGAGGACAAAGUCGUCGUCUCUGGUGAUGCAAACCAAGUCCAGAAACCGUCUAGCGAUGCCGACAAGAAGAUUCCUGAAGGGAAGCGCACAACAACACCCUACUUGACCAAGUAUGAGAGAGCUAGAGUCCUGGGCACAAGAGCUUUGCAAAUCAGGUAUUGCGGGUUCUAUCUGAACUGCUUUCUUGAAGCACUACUGACCAACCCAGUAUGA